CGGAACGGACUGCACGCUGGGUUGAAGGCGGUGUCCACAGCCCUUGAUGUUACCAUGACACUCGUACACAACUUAUUUAGACCGUAACAUGCCUUUGAGCAGCCGUGUUGUACACCGUUUGGACAGAUGAAAACUCAUACUGCAGGUUGAAAUGAGGGGUUGCCUCAAAACUUUAAACUGGGUAUUCAAACUGCAGCCUAAAAGCACUACUAUAGGAAGACACAAAGACUCUGACCUCUGUCUACAGAAUAGUGGGGUGGAUGAAUGUCAUGCCACUAUUGACUGGUGUGAAGCAAACGGCUGCUAUGUUAUCCGUGAUUUAAACUCUGCCCACGUGACCUACGUCAAUGACUGCCGGAUACACAAUGCCACUGUGCGUCUCUCUCCGGGAGACCAGCUUCACUUUGGCUAUGGAGGAUCAACUUAUGAGCUCUGCAUUGACAGCGAUAAAUCAUUUCCUCUUUUGGCUGCCCAUUCUCCCAUUCCCCAGGCCUGGGUACGAGCUCGGACCACUUCUGUUUCACCCCAUCCUCCCACCAGACCUCGCCCCAUGAGUGCCGGGUCUAAACGGGGUCCAAAUGCACCUGAUCGAAAAACCCAAUCUAGCAGACCAGGAAGCCGGAGUUGUAACACAGGGAGAGCAUGUUAUCUUAGAAGUAAGACUCAACCUAACAAUUCUCGAAGCAUUCACGUCUUCCCAAUGGAGGAGGAGGAGAGGUUGCAUCGGCUAGAAGAUGGACACGUUCAUGUGUCUGUGUGCUUUGAGGAUGAGUCCCAAAGGAAGGAUGAUGCGAUCGUGGCCCUGAAGGAGGAAGUGUCAGCUCUCAAGCUCCAGCUGUCUCAGAAGAAGCAGGGUGAUCCAGAUGUCACAUACAGACUUUGCUGCCUGGAGAGAGACAUCAAAGAGAAGAAAGAUCAGAUACAACAGCUAAAGCAGCAGAUGCUGGAACUUCAGAGAUGUUCUGGAGAGAUGCUGGGACAGGCUGUGACAGAAAGAGAUCAGAAGAUCACCAGUCUUUUAGAACAGAUGGAUAAACUGAAGAAUGAAAAUAAUUCAUCUGCAGCAUUGGUUAGCAGUUUGAAGAAAGAUGUGUCUGCUCGAGAGAAACAGGCUCUUAAACUAGCAAGUGAGGUGGACAAGCUCAGACAAGAAGUGAGACACAAAGAUACCAAGCUCACAAACGUGAUGGACAAGCUGAAAGACACCCAGAAGCAUCAGAAUGAGCUACUUGCCAGACAGAGUGAGGUAGAAUUGCUCAAGAAAGAACAGGCUUCUCUGCUGACAGAGAUAGACAGACUGAAGCAGCUUCAUCAGCAGACACAGCAGAGAGAACAGAAAGUUCAAGCAGAACUCAAACACACACAGUCAAGGUUUGACAGUUUUCGCGACCAGAUCGUCAAGACUGUGCAUGUUUCAGACAAAGAAUCAGACCAAAAGGUGUUGGACUGUUUAACUGAGCUAAUGGAACAGAUGGAGAUGUACAAAACAAAAGUGCAUGACUUUGAAAUGAAACUCAAAGAGGAAGCUCACACACAGAGGAAAAUGUUGGAUGAGACCCAGAAAUUUAGAGUCAGACUCCAAGAAUGUCAGAGACGAGUGCAAGACGUGUGCAUUGCGGACACAGUGCUGAUGGAAAUAUCUGGACUGCAGGACAUGAAUUUGAGUCCUUCUCUCAGCUGGGUUCAGGAGCAUUUUCUGUACUCUUGA